AUGACGCUGUCAUGUCGGACAUUGUACGCCACCAAAUCCGAAUCAUAUCUUAAUUCGAAAUAUGUAACAGAGGACUCUUUACUGAGCUCUAUCAAGAAAUAUGAUAAUAAAUUCAUAAUUGUAUUAAUUUUAAUUGUAUUUUGUAAAUUAAGUGACAGUUUAUUUUUUCCAAUUGUAAAAGAUUUCAAGCAUAAAUUAUUUGGUCCAUAUGGACGAGAAUCUGAUUAUAAUCAAUACAAUACCCAAUACGGAUAUCCUUAUGGAAGUUCUUAUCGCAAUUCACCAACAACACAAUAUUAUCCGAACAACAGUGGUACUAAGCGCGGUGGCCGAACAUAUUCGGAUAUAGCUCGUGUAGUAAAUGGUAAUCCGUACGCUUUUGUUGGCAGUCGACCAUAUCCGAGUCAACCAUUUUGGCCGCAAGGAUAA